GAGACGGGCACUGGCACCAAGACCGGCACCAGCAAGUCCAAGUCGACCUCUUUCGAUGACACAGACCCGGCUGGUGGCAUUACCAUGAUCACGCCAGCGGCCACGGCCCAGUCGAUCAACCUCUACAAAAUCGGAGACUUCGUCACCUGGGGAUGGAACUACACAGACCUUCAGGCCUCUCCUACAGCCAUUGAUGUUCUUGUUUCGUGCUCUUCCAUGGCCCAGACCUGGACAUUGACACAGAACAUGACCUUUGCUCAGCCCGCCUCCUUUACCUGGGAUUCGAGCGUGCAGGCGACCGACCCCUCAGCGCCGCUGCGAAACGACGAGUACACUCUGGUUAUCUUCGACGCGGAAUCGAGCAUCAGUGCUACCGCUCAGCCUGGCUAUCUGGGCGUUUCCAGCAGCUUCAAAUUCGGCAUGUACAAGGCUCAAGAAUACAAGCCCCUGAACGAGUGGAACUGCGCAACGUGCUCUGCUGCGUCUGGUCUCGAUAGCAAGGCUCUCGGCAUGGCUGUCGGUAUGAGCAUCGUCACGGUGGCUAGUUUCACAUGGUUUGUGGCGGGAGUGGGCAUGUUUUAAUGACGUGUUCUAUAAUGACCAAAA